AAGUGGGAAAAAACAAUAAUUAUCAUACACACCUCGCGCUUUUUUUUUGCGCGUAUUUCUCUGAUCAAACAAACAUGCUCCAACCUUUCUUUCCCCACGCACAAAUCAAGAACAAUUCCAUUAUGCCCUCCCAAAUUCAAUAGCAGGGUUUUCUCUAUCUCGAGGAGAUCACGAGUUCAAUCCUCGUGCCCAUUAGGUUAUGCUUUCUUCCCUUACAGUCCUUUUAACUUGAAUCCCCUUUUGGAAAUUUCUUAAUUUUGUUUCAGAGGUCGCGGGUUCGAAUCUCCCAACGCCCUCUUGCUGAUUAAGGCUUAAGAAGGUUUCGCAUGGCAAUACUUUAUGCUCUGGUGGCCCGUGGCUCUGUGGUUCUUGCGGAGUUUAGCGCUACUCCGACAAAUGCAAGCGCAAUUGCGCGUCAAAUACUGGAGAAAAUUACCGCCGAUUGCCACGUCUCGUAUUCGCAGGAUCGCUAUAUUUUCCAUGUUAAAAGGACCGAUGGAUUAACUGUCUUGUGUAUGGCAGACGAUACUGCUGGAAGGAGGAUCCCAUUUGCGUUUCUAGAAGAUAUUCAUGGGAGAUUUGUGAAAACAUAUGGACGAGCUGUUCAUACAGCUCUUGCUUAUGCUAUGAAUGAUGAAUUUUCUAGAGUGCUAAGUCAACAGAUAGACUAUUAUUCGAAUGACCCAAAUGCAGACAAAAUUAACCGUAUCCGGGGAGAGAUGUCCCAGGUUCGCAAUGUGAUGGUGGAAAAUAUUGACAAAGUGCUAGAGAGAGGUGACAGGUUGGAAUUGCUUGUAGAUAAGACAGCAAACAUACAAGGGAACACUUUCAAAUUCAAGAAGCAAGCUCGUCGUUUUAAGAAUAGCAUGUGGUGGAGGAAUGUCAAGCUUAUGGUUGCAUUGAUAAUCUUGAUCUUGAUCAUGAUAUAUGUCAUCCUUGCAGUGGUUUGCAAGGGUGUCACCUUACCAUCCUGUAGGAAAUGAGGUUUGAUGAUUGAAUGUUUUGUAUUAACUUUUUUUUGUGUUUUAUAAGCUGAAACUGUUUUCUAGGUUAGAAUCCUAGCAGGUGACGCUCUUGGUUGUAUUAUUGUAUGAAAGUUUUGGUCAUUUGCUUUUGCAUGUUGGACUUUGUUGGCCUUGAAGGGAUCACACAUUGUUUGGUUUGUAACAAAUUUCAGGCUUUCAAUUACAACCCUUAAUUGUGUUUUCA